AUGGUAGAAGUAACGGAAGAAAAACGUCUGGAGCUGGCUCAACGUGCUACAGCGAACAUGAAGAACGCCUAUUGCCCGUACAGUAAAUUUCAUGUUGGUGCUGCACUACUAUCUGAAGACAAUGUUAUCUAUGAUGGAGGUAUGGGUAUCUUAUUGUAUUUUGGUCAUGACUUUUGGAUUUUAAUGAGAUAUGGGGUGGAACUUUAUUUUUGUAGAAGAUAAAAGUUUGUAGAUUACAAUUUUAUAAUUUAUGAACCGGUAAAAAAGUUCAGAGCAUAAGAUUUUGCAAAAAAAGGAUUAGGUAUACCUAUCAAAUUAUGGAGCUUAGGGUGUGUGCCACAAUAUAACCCACAUCUUUUUAGUGAACAUGGAAAACGCUGCCUAUCCGGUUGGAACUUGUGCCGAACGUGUUGCUCUAGGCACGGCAAUAACUCAAGGAACUCGAAAGUUCAAAUGCAUUGCUGUAGCAACGAGAGUACCUGACGGAGGGUCACCAUGUGGAAUGUGCAGGCAAAUGUUGUUUGAAUUUGGAGAUUUUGAAGUGGGUUUUAGUGUUGGAAAUAUGUUUUUUAUAUUUAUUUUAAGAAUAUUGUCAAUUUCGUAUUUUACCUUAUUAUUGAUACCUAAAAUUACUUAUUUUUAACUUUUUUUUGACAUUAGUAUUAACUUGACUAAAUUUACAAAACUUGAUGUUUUUUAAAAAUUUUUGAGUAUUAAACAAUUUCAGGUCCUACUAUGUUCUCCAGAUGGUAAAGUUCAAGUUCGUACGACUACUCACAAGCUUUUGCCCUUAGGUUUUGGACCGGAUCAUCUAAAAUAG